UCACUUGGAGCACUUCCGCCUAUAUAAGAGUGCAUAAUCUGAUAAGUUUCAAAGUGGAGUGAAGUUAAGUAAUUUUUUUAAAAAUUCAUCAAUCGAUUUUGAGGAAAAUGUCGCAGUCUCACAGUUUCGAGCAGUUUAUGCAGAUACCUAUAAUAUUUUACAAAACCAUUGGCGAAGAGCUUUUCGAGCAUCGUUCCACAAACAAACUUAAAAGUCUUCUUCUCAAAAUGUAUCUGUACUUCGGUUUUAUAAAUUUCAAUUUUCACGUUAUGGGUGAGAUUGUGUUUUUCUUAAAGUCCUUGGGCACACGUGAAACCGUUCUGCAAGCAAUCGCCGUGGCACCUUGCAUGUUCUUUUCCUUUAUGUCCAAUUUGAAGCAGAUUUUAUUAGCAUCCCACAAGCCCUUACUACGCCAGCAUUUAAAGCAGUUGGAGGACUUGUUCCCCACAACCAGCAAAAAGCAGUCCGAAUACAAAUUGCAGCAUUACGAACGCAUUAUGCGCCGCGUUAUGGUCAUUUUCACAAUGCUCUGCAUGAUGUACACAUCCACCUUCAGUUUUUAUCCUGCAUGCAAGGCAUUUGUAAACUAUUAUUUUCUGGAUGCUCCUCGCUACGAACGUAAUUUCGGUUUUUUGGUUUGGUAUCCGUUUAAUGCGACAUCAACGAGACUCAUAUAUUGGACGACAUAUUGGUCGCUGGGGCACGCAGCGUACUUAGCAGGUGUUGCAUUUUUAUGUGCGGAUUUGUUGCUGAUUGCCUCAGUUACGCAGUUGGUAAUGCAUUUCGAUUACAUAUCAAAGCAGCUGAUAAACUUCAAAGGAAAUGUCGCAAAAGAAGUCGAGAAUAUUAAAUUUUUAAAUGGAAUUGUCGAUUAUCAUGCCAAAUGCUUAAAUAUCAGCGAAGAAGUGAAUACGAUUUUCAGCUUUUCAUUGCUGUUCAAUUUUUUGGCGGCAUCGCUCAAUAUUUGCUUCAUUGGCUUCCAGGUGACCACUUCAACGACCGAAGACAUAAUAAUGUACUGUAUAUUCAUGAUUGCCUCUUUGGUGCAGGUGUUCAUUGUUUGCUAUUAUGGAGACGAAUUAAUGACGGCGAGCUUUGGUGUAGGUGACGCUGCUUAUAAUCAGUAUUGGUUUCAUAUGGGUACGAAGUACAAAAAAAUUCUCUUAUUAAUCGUUGCACGUAGUCAAAGACCAGCAUCCAUUAGAGCCCCUACAUUUCCACCCAUAUCGUUCAACACAUAUAUGAAAGUUAUAAGCAUGUCGUAUCAAUUUUUUGCACUUUUAAGAACCACCUAUUCAAGUGAUUAAGUAUAUAUGGAAAUAACUAAAGCAGGA